AUGGCCGCUUUACGGAUGCCACGCAGGAACAAAGGGAUGAGGACUCGACUUGGAUGCCUGUCUCACAAGUCCGACUCGUGUAGUGAUUUCACAGCUAUUCUUCCUGACAAACCCAACCGUGCUCUAAAGAGACUAUCCACAGAAGAAGCUACGAGGUGGGCAGAUUCCUUUGAUGUACUUCUCUCCCAUAAGUAUGGGGUGGCUGCAUUCCGCGCUUUCCUGAAGACGGAGUUCAGUGAAGAGAACCUGGAGUUCUGGUUGGCCUGUGAGGAGUUCAAGAAGACCAGGUCAACUGCAAAACUGGUCUCCAAGGCCCAUAGGAUCUUUGAAGAGUUUGUGGACGUGCAGGCUCCACGGGAGGUAAACAUAGACUUCCAGACCCGAGAAGCCACGAGGAAGAACAUGCAAGAACCAUCCCUGACUUGCUUUGACCAAGCCCAGGGAAAAGUACACAGUCUCAUGGAGAAAGACUCUUACCCCCGGUUCCUGAGGUCCAAAAUGUACUUAGAUUUGCUGUCCCAAAGCCAGAGGCGGCUCAGUUAG